UUGGAAAGUGGAUAUCAAAUGAAGAUAAAAUUAAAAAAAAAUGCAGAUAAGAAGCUGCCUUGGAAUGGCCUGGAUUUUCUGUGGUCCCUGGGCCCUCAUAGGACAGCUCAGCCUGACUUAAACAUCUCUGAUGGCUAACGAAGCUUACCCUUGUCCUUGUGACAUUGGCCAUAGACUAGAAUAUGGAGGGAUGGGCCAUGAACUUCAAGUCGAGCACAUCAAGGCUUAUGUCACCAAGUCCCCUGUUGCUGCAGGCAAAGCUGUGAUUGUCAUUCAAGAUAUAUUUGGCUGGCAGUUGCCUAAUACGAGGUAUAUGGCUGACAUGAUCGCAGGAAAUGGAUACACAACCAUUGUUCCAGACUUCUUUGUAGGGCAGGAGCCGUGGGAUCCCUCUGCCGACUGGUCCACCUUCCCCGAGUGGUUGAAAACAAGGAAUGCCCGGAAGAUUGAUAAAGAGGUUGACGCUGUCUUGAGGUAUCUGAAAGAACAGUGUCAAGCACAGAAAAUUGGCGUCGUGGGAUUCUGCUGGGGUGGAACUGCUGUCCAUCAUUUGAUGAUGAAAUACUCCGAGUUCAGGGCCGGGGUCUCCAUUUAUGGCAUCGUCAAGGAUUCUGAAGACAUUUAUAGUUUAAAGAACCCCACAUUGUUCAUUUUUGCUGAAAAUGAUGUUGUGAUUCCACUUGAGCAAGUCUCUUUGCUGACCCAGAAGUUGAAGGAACACUGCAAAGUUGAUUAUCAAAUUAAAACAUUUUCUGGGCAAACUCAUGGGUUCGUGCAUAGAAAGAGAGAAGAUUGUUCACCUGCCGACAAGCCCUACAUUGAUGAGGCACGAAGGAAUUUACUCGAGUGGCUGAACAAGUACAUUUAGUUGUAAUCAAGUGCAAACUUUCCCAAAAUAGCUUUUAUCCAGAAAACUGCUUUCAAAUACUUACAUCAUUUAAUUUUCACUUUAUGUAAAAUAAAUUUAGAAAUCCUGAAAUUCA